AUGCUUUUUAAAGUAGGGUUUUGUGACUGCAUAAAUUGUUGUGUGGUAUAAACAUUGCUUUCAAAUAGAUGUGGUUAUGUGCACAUAUUGUGAUAAAUUGUCUGAAUUCUGUUUGCUCUCUUUGCAGGCUGCGGACUUGAGUAAACCGAUAGACAAAAGGAUAUACAAAGGAACACAGCCUACAUGCCAUGACUUCAAUCACUUAACAGCCACAGCAGAAAGUGUGUCUCUUCUAGUGGGCUUCUCUGCAGGCCAGGUCCAACUUAUAGACCCUAUUAAAAAAGAAACUAGCAAAUUAUUUAAUGAGGAAAGACUAAUAGACAAGUCCCGAGUAACCUGUGUAAAAUGGGUACCAGGUUCGGAAAGCCUUUUCCUAGUAGCUCAUUCCAGUGGCAAUAUGUACUUGUAUAACGUGGAGCACACUUGUGGUACCACAGCCCCGCACUACCAGCUACUUAAACAAGGAGAGAGUUUUGCAGUGCAUACUUGCAAGAGUAAAUCCACAAGAAACCCUCUGCUUAAAUGGACAGUAGGUGAGGGGGCCCUGAAUGAAUUUGCCUUUUCCCCUGAUGGGAAGUUCUUGGCGUGUGUGAGCCAGGAUGGUUUUCUUCGCGUGUUUAACUUUGAUUCAGUGGAAUUGCAUGGUACAAUGAAAAGCUACUUUGGAGGAUUGCUAUGUGUGUGUUGGAGCCCCGAUGGGAAAUACAUAGUGACAGGCGGAGAGGAUGACUUGGUGACAGUUUGGUCUUUCGUGGACUGUCGAGUUAUAGCGAGAGGCCACGGACAUAAAUCGUGGGUCAGUGUUGUUGCGUUUGAUCCAUAUACCACUAGUGUAGAAGAGAGUGAUCCGAUGGAAUUUAGCGGAAGUGAUGAGGAUUUCCAAGACCUUCAUUUUGGCAGAGAUCGAGCAAAUAGCACGCAAUCUAGACUAUCCAAAAGGAACUCUACAGACAGUCGUCCAGUAAGUGUUACAUACAGAUUUGGUUCAGUAGGCCAGGACACACAGCUCUGUUUGUGGGAUCUUACAGAAGAUAUCCUCUUCCCCCACCAACCUCUCUCAAGAGCAAGGACACAUACAAAUGUCAUGAAUGCCACAAGUCCACCUGCAGGAAGUGGUGGAACUAACCCAGGAAGUAAUGGAAACAGUAUCACAACACCUGGAAACUCUGUACCCCCUCCUCUUCCACGGUCAAACAGCCUUCCACACUCUGCAGUCUCAAACGCUGGCAGUAAAAGCAGUGUCAUGGAUGGUGCCAUUGCUUCUGGCGUUAGUAAAUUUGCAACCUUAUCGCUACACGAUCGGAAGGAAAGACACCAUGAAAAAGAUCACAAGAGAAACCAUAGCAUGGGACAUAUAUCUAGCAAGAGCAGUGACAAACUGAACCUAGUUACUAAAACCAAAACGGACCCAGCUAAAACUUUGGGAACACCUCUCUGUCCCCGAAUGGAAGAUGUUCCCUUGUUAGAGCCUCUUAUCUGUAAAAAGAUAGCACAUGAAAGACUGACUGUGUUAAUUUUUCUUGAAGACUGUAUAGUCACUGCUUGUCAGGAGGGAUUUAUUUGCACAUGGGCAAGGCCUGGUAAAGUGGGUACUUCAAAGUUGCUUAGUGGAUGUAAUCUUCUGACAAGAAAGACCUUCCAGUUGCUGCUGGAUUUAAUAGACUUGUGAAGAAUUCUUCAGUAAUGAACUAGUGAAUUCUGAUUCAACCAUAUCACUUUCCAACAAAACUUCCCUGGUAAAAAUUUCAGAAGUGCUUCAGUGUCUUGUUUGCUCUAAAGUUCUGCCUUCUUUCACCAUUUAGUCCUUAAGUAGUAACUAGGAAACUUCUUGUUCUCAUGAAAUAUGCAGGAUCCUUGCACAUCCUGAUUGUCAAGUGUAAAGAACAACCCACUUCAGUCUACCUCAUCAGUGUUUGAAUCAGAUACUCCCUGCCUAAACAAAUAAAGGUGUUCAGGUUCUUUCAGGUGAGGUCUGUGGAAGGCACCAAGAAAAGUGCCAUGUGCUUUGUUAUAUCUAAAUGUCAUAUGGACCAUAUGCAAAUACACAGUCUGCCAUAAAUCCUCCAAACUAUCCAGGUUCAUGACGUGUCUGAAAUGAUGAUUUUUUUAAAAAGAAGGGCUUUGGUUUUAACAGAAGUUUGAUUACUUUAAUCCAGUCAGUCUGGCCCUCUUUCCCAUCUUUCCACCUCUUCUGAGGUCAGGGUUUACUUCCCUCAUCAUGACCUCUCAGUUCUUGGAUCCAAAUGUGAAAGAGCUCCUGUAGAUUCUGAAGAAGUGACAUAAUUCUGUCUUCUGUCUGUAUGCCAAUUGCUGCCUGAUCUUGUCUAGUUUGAUGGAUCUGAGUCCCAUGAUCUUAAUUUUGAGGUAAGACCAUAAGCUGGGAGCUGCUUAGAGGACUUGCUGAAAGUGCAUUUAUCAUACCUACGAGGUGAGGAGUUGCAUGGGGAUACUUGCUGGUGUGCUUCCAGCUGCCAGUGUGCUUCCAGCUGCCAGCAUGCUCCUUGGCAUGCUGGCACUCGGUAGAACUAAUGACCUUGUAAGAAGGCUAAAUUGUAUUUUGACAAUAAGCUUUUCCUAAAUAAGCAUGAUGAAGUUACUUUGAUGUGAAUGAUUAAAAAGGGGCUACUGUGCAUAAAUCUGAAAUGAAGUCUGCCCAUUGGUAUGCAUAGGUUUAAUACAUAAGGUGUGGUUGCCUUAAUCCAGAGAAGCAGCCUCUGUGUAGUGAGGGGCACUGCACAGUCAUGGGGCUGUGUGUGAAAUAAAUAAGUCUUUUGAUUUGAAUGGCAGGGUAGUUAGAAGAGCUGGUACCAAGUUUUCCCAAGUGUGAACUUAAAUUGUAAUAGGAAAUCUUUACUGAACUCUCGUCAGCGUUUCAUUCUGUUUUAAAAUUACCAAAACAAAUAUUUGGUUAGACGAUCUAUUUUUCUAUUCAAAGCCUGUAAUACUCAAUCACAUAGAAGAGAUGGAGCGUUUCCCUGUAUCAGGUCUGGUGUCAAACAUAUUGAUACUGGAAUAGGUUUGUUUGACACCACUCCAGUAAAUGCUGAUCACUUUUUUGGUGUAUGAUUUUUAAAGUUUCACAGUUCACUAUGACUCCAAGUGCAAGGUAGAUUAAACCAAAUGCUGGGAUCAGAUCCAUUCUGUGUCAUAAACGCACACGUUUCUUCCCGUCUGAGAGCUCUGUGUGCUGCUUGACUGAGACCGUGGUGACUUAGAGCCUUUGUAGGCGAGAAGGUGCUGAUGUCUGAAGUAAGCAGGUGUUGGUAAAAAUCAACUGUACUCAUUGUAGGUUCAGUUUAAGAACUUUAUAAAAUUCAUAUCAGGUUCUCUUGCUGGAUUAAUGUAAACUGCUUUGUUUGCAGGGUUUAUUGUCAUCCCAAAACCAGGCCAAUUCUCCAAGUGGAACUGUAGUAUAGCCAUCACACUACUGCUAGCAAAUCUCUGAACGCAGGACAAGAAGUAAUGACAGUGGAACCAGGAGCUGUUCUUCAGGCAAAGAGCAUCACAAAUUAUAAUGUGGCAGAGUGUAAAGAUGGAAUUAUGUGAAUCACAUAGUGACUUGGAAAGGACAAAUGUAAGGAGUUCUCACUACAGCUGAUCCUGCUAGGCUGCUCACCCAAGGAAGAGUUUGCAUUGGAGAAAAAGCAAAAAGCUUCCUUUAGUGCUGCAGGAAAAAGUAGUAACAUUUUUGUUUUCUUUAUACUUUUCAAGUCCAGUGUAAUUUAAUCUCUCUAUAAAUAUAUAAGAUAUAUAUAUAUAUAUAUAGUGUAAAAUAAGAUAUGUUUCUUAAAUUCAAGUAAGUUCAAUGGUUAAACUAGUACUUCACCAUUGUUUAUUUUGCACUGAUUUUUUUAACCAGAGAUGGCUAGAAGACAGCCUGGAAUGCACUCAUGGAAAAUGAAAGUCAUUACUUUCUGGCUUCAAAAUGUUUUUCAGGAAGAUGGAUGCUGCAAUCAUAGAUUUUUUUAAAACAAAAUUGUUUUGCACUUAAAUAGUUUAAUGCUUAUAGAGAAUUACUUUAAAAUUGGUGUCCAGACACCAGAAAAACUAUGUUGUGGAAAAAAGAUCCUUUGUAUCUAUUAAACAUUUAUUUUAAUAUUGUUGUUUCCAACUGCAAUCGGCUCUGUAUUAUAUGUAUAAAUAAUGUAAUUCAGUGAUGGGAGAGGGGAGUAAUGGAUCAUUACACUAGAAAUUCUCAUUCAUUUAAGAAAGUGAUAUUUCUAAUUCAGAAAAUACAUAUUAAACUAUCUUGAAUAUGCAUUUUUGUUUACUUUCUGUUCAAAUCCAAUCACUUUUGAUGUAACCAAUUCUUUGUUCAAUUAAAUGUUUGGUACAGAAAUACUA